UGGAAAUUAGAUUCAAGGUCAUCGUCGUAACUUGUGCAAUCUUUGAUCUUCUGUUCGAAACAUUAAUGUAAAACUCGAAGUUUCUACUUUACACAGAAAAUUACUUUGGCUUCCUAUAAUUUGGUGAUUAUCAAACAGGAAAUAAACUAGAAUAGUCAUCUGAGAGAUGAACAAGAGCAGAUAAGCGUGCCUAAAUAAAGGGCGCCUGAGAAAUCAUUUUUGCUAGCGAUCCCAUUGAUAUGUGAAUCUUAACGCUCUCAAAGUACAAAUGGUUGCAGUAUCUCAUCAUGAUUAGCAGAGCUUCAAAUGUAUUUAGUGUUACGCGCCAUCACAUUUCCAGUAGUGCAAUCGUUUUCAAUUUUUCAGUCAGAAAUGUUGUCGCAUGUAGAUUGUCUCCAGGUGCUACGUGUGUUGUAAACUGGAGAUGUAAGACGGGAUAUCCUAAAUUUGUUUCGUCGGAUAAGAUACCUCGUGUCCAGCCGCUUUGGACCCUCCCUUCACGUUUACACUUUCAUGGUUCAUCAGAUACUGAACUGAAACCGGAUUCAGAACAGAAACUUAUUUUAUCUGACUGGACCAUUAUUAGUCGUUUGUUAAAAUAUGUUUGGCCAAAGGAUAAACCAGAAAUUCGAUUACGUGUUGUUGCAGCAGUUCUCUUAUUAUUAUCCUCUAAAAUUGUGAAUGUUUUAGUACCUUUUGUAUUCAAGCUUGCUGUGGAUUGCCUGUCUGGAGAAACACCUUUACUACUGUGUAAUACAAAUCCGGCUACAACAGCUACAACUGUUUUAAUUUCAUAUGGUUUAUUUAGGGCUACAGCUUCUGGUUUAAAUGAAUUACGUACUGCAAUUUUCGCUAAAGCUGCUCUAUCUUCUAUUCGACAAGUUGGCGUUCAAGUAUUUCGUCAUCUGCACAAUCUUGACUUGGGUUAUCAUCUUGGUCGAAGAACUGGUGCAUUAGGUAAAGCUAUUGAUCGAGGAGCAAGAGGUAUACAAUUCAUACUGACGUCUAUGGUUUUUAAUUUAUUUCCAACCGGAUUUGAGGUGGCUGUCGUAACUGGGAUCUUGUACUAUAAAUAUGGAGUAGCAGCUAGUACAAUCGCGUUAAGUUGUAUAGCUGCUUAUACAGCAUUCACUUUAGCUAUUACGCGCUGGCGGACUCAAUUUCGUAUUCAAAUGAAUAAAGCUGAUGGACAUGCUGCUAGUCAAGCGACAGAUUCACUUAUCAAUUAUGAAACUGUGAAAUAUUUUAACAAUGAAGAACGUGAAGCAGAAAUGUAUGAUCGACUACAAGCACAAUAUGAAGAGGCUAGUAUUAAAACGACUACUAGUUUAGCUAUACUAAAUUUUGGUCAAGCUGCUAUAUUCUCAAUUGGCUUAGCGGCAACUAUGAUUACAGUAGCAAGUCAAGUUGCUUCCGGUUCAAUUGAUUCAACUACAACUGCCAGUGUACUCGAAGUUACAGGUAUUAGUAAUUUGGCAAAAUCAUUAACGGUUGGUGAUCUUGUCCUUGUCAAUGGUCUCUUAUUUCAAUUAUCUGUACCGUUGAACUUUUUGGGUUCUGUUUAUCGUGAAGUAAGACAAUCAUUGAUUGAUAUGUCAACUAUGUUUACACUUUUGGAGAUUACACCGAAAGUUCGUUCUUCUCCGAAUGCACCAAAUGUAUAUAUAGACCAUUCAAAUUCAUCUGUUGAAUUUCGUGAUGUAAAAUUUGCAUACUAUUCGAGAGAUCCUAAAAAAUCCCAAUCGAAACCUGAUAAAUUUAUCUGUGAUGGAUUAAAUUUUAAAGUUGAACCUGGUCAACGUGUAGCUAUUGUUGGCGGAAGUGGAUCUGGAAAGUCGACAAUAGUUCGACUUGCCUAUCGAUUCUUUGAUGUAUCCAGUGGUAGUGUUCUAAUCGGUGGUAAAGAUGUUCGUUCAGUAAAUUUGGAGAGUUUACGACGUUCUAUAGCAGUAAUACCUCAGGAUACAGUCCUUUUUCAUAAUACAAUAUUCUACAACCUUCAAUAUGGUAACUUGAAAGCAACUCGUGAAGAAGUUUAUGAAGCUGCUCGUUUAGCAGAUAUAGGAAAUGCAAUUGAACGAAUGCCACAUGGAUAUGAUACUCAAGUUGGAGAACGUGGUCUCAAAUUAAGUGGUGGUGAAAAACAACGAAUAGCUAUUGCUAGAGCUCUGUUAAAAAAGGCUCCAAUUUUGAUCUAUGAUGAAGCGACAUCAUCACUUGAUACAAUCACUGAACAGAAUAUUCUUCAACGUUUAGCAGAAGUUACACCUGGUGUAACAUCACUUGUUAUAGCUCAUCGAUUGAGUACAAUUGUAGAUGCUGAUGAAAUUUUAGUCUUACGUAAUGGUCGUGUAUCUGAACGUGGUAAUCAUUACAGUUUAUUAACACAACCACAAUCAUAUUAUAGUCAAUUAUGGGAACAACAAUUACGUGGUGGUAUCACUUCUUUCAAUAAUACAACAGUUAUUGAUAAUAAACUUACAGAUACUAAUAAUAAUUUAGAUAAACCAACGAAUUCAGGUAAUUAACCUACAGAGAUAUACAACAUAUUAUGUGAUAUUUAUGAUGGUUCUUCCUUGUUCACUUUAUAUAUAUAUAUAUAUAUAUAUAUAUAUAUAUAUAUAUAUAUAUAUAUAUGAUACCUAGUGUACUCUACUUUCUAUUAUGAUGAUUACCCUAUUAGUAGUAUUAACUUUGUGUAUAUUGCAGAGAAAAAUUGUUUGAAGUUUUUUUUCUCUAGAACUUUUACUCUUUUACUUCAUACAAAAUUGAUUUCACCUACUGAUAAAAUGAAGAAGAGGCAAGAAGAUAGUUACGAAUUGGGAUGGUACACCUUGCACUAAACCUAUAUCAUUUGCAAAAUGUGCUUCAUUUCCUUUCUGCUUGAUUUAUUCUUCGUACAUUCUUAUCAUCAACAUUCACUGUAAAUAUACCUGCGUUAUCC